AUGACCAAGCUGCUAGAGCCAGCCGAAGUGUUUUUAUCCUCCCAGACAGGUCUGGCACCAAUUUAUCGACCUCGGAGGGAUGAAAGGCUUGGAUUGGACCAGGGUGGUUUCGAACCAUCGACGGAGAUAGAAGCCCAGGACACAGUCGAUAUGGCCACAAUUCACACAGUAUAUGAGAAUCCCUACGCUAACACGGAAUGUAUGAGUCAUAUUCCGAAAACGGUUGGAACAGGGAGUCAGUUGGAUGUGUCAUGGUCAAAACAAAUAUAA